AUGGAAAGCACUUGCUGGAAAGUUCGUAGACAAGUCAUUCAACCAGCCACAGGAAAGGAGCAGCACCGUAUGUUCAGCGUUAAGGAAUUCAUAAGCUCGACUCAUCGAAUCACUUACCAGCAGAUGGUCAGUAUGUUGAGAUGUGAAUGUGUCCAAGUGGACGACGACUCCUUCGAGUAUCUAGGCCACUCGCCCCCAGAAGGACUUCCAUCAAUUCCGUCAGGGGUGAAAUGCGUAGUUGUGGCUGUGAUCGCAUUAAUAAAAGUUGUAUGGAGAGGAAGUACGAAAUGGACGAUAAGUGGUUGUGCCGACAAUGCGUGUACCAAUCGGCGAUCCAUCAAAUCCGUGUGGACUGCACACCCAUCAACCUCCCGGUAA